AUGCAACACUAUUUAAUUCCAUCUGGUAGUAUUUGCUUGGUGAUCAUUUACCACGUGCAUAGAAAUCCGGAAUUUUGGCCAAAUCCGAAUAUUUUCGAUCCGGACAGAUUUUUACCGGAGAAUAGUAAAGGACGUCAUCCCUAUUGCUACAUACCAUUUAGUGCUGGGCCGAGAAAUUGUAUUGGUCAAAAAUUUGCAAUGCUUGAGCUUAAACUCUUUGUAGCUUUUAUACUGUACAAUUUUGAGUUAGAACCGGUGGAUGAACUAGAUGAUGUUACAUUUUCGGCAGAUUUUACCUUGAACACGUCUAAACCACUUCGAGUCAAAUUUAUACCUAUAAGAUAG